AGCCCGUGCAAGACGAAGCAGGGCAGGGAGGCGGCCUUUUGCUCCCUUCCGCCGUCCGCAGGCGGGGUUGGCCACCCGCUCUCCUGACUGGUUCCGUCAAGCCGGCAUCUGGUUCAGGCAAUCCGGCGUCCCCCGGCUCUCCUGUGCCCCGGAGACGGGUCGGGCGGCCCCCGUCGGCUGCCUCCGCCCCGUCCUGGCCGGGGCUGAGAAGGGUUAGGGGGACCCCCGGGUGGGGGAGCAGGGCGACUCCAGGAGCUGCCCCGUCAAGGAAAGGCCGCCCCCGGGGAAGAACUGGCCCAAGCGUUCCCUGUGUUGAGCCGGGAGAGCCCUGGAGAACCUACCCAAAGCUCCAGGGCGGCUCUUUUCUUUAACCCAAAGGAUGGGAAGUUCUUCCUUGAUCUGCUGGUACUGGGCAGGAUUGGGGAAGGUCAGUGCUAAAUCCAGGUGGCACCACAGAAGGUGGGGAAGGUGAAGGUGCCCCGAAUCCUGCCUUGCAGGCAGCUAAGAGCUGGUCCCAGCCAAGGAAGAGGCUCCUUCGUGGCUGGCCCUUGAGGGGCAGCGGCCGUCAUGGAGCUGGAGCGAUUCAACCUGGAAGACACGCAGGAGACCUGGCGGGAAGAGGAGCAGAACGAGGAGGAGAAGAGCAGAUGCCCUUGGAUCAGGUGCAGCAGCAUCCACAAUACCGUUUCCAAAUGGAUGCUUCCCGGGGAGGCCAGAGCUACUUACCUGGAAAGAGCCAGCUGCAUCCCACCGCCCAUUUUCAUCCUGGCCGUCAGCUUAGCUGAGCUGUCAGUGUUCAUUUAUUAUGCUGUUUGGAAGCCCCAGACUCAAUGGAUCACACUAGAAGUGGGAAUCUGGGAAAGUCCGCUUAUUUAUAGGCCCGAGAAGCGAAAGGAAGCCUGGAGAUUUUUGUCUUACAUGUUUCUGCAUGCUGGCAUUGAACAUAUUAUAGGGAACCUUGUUCUCCAGCUCUGCCUGGGUAUUCCCCUGGAAUUAGUUCAUAAAGGACACAGAGUGGGAGCUGUGUAUCUUGCAGGAGUGAUUGGAGGUUCUUUGGCAAGUUCCAUCUGUGAUCCUCUGCUGGGUCUCGUGGGAGCAUCAGGAGGUGUCUAUGCUCUGAUUGGAGGAUACUUCAUGAAUAUUCUAGUGAACUUCCGAGAAAUGAUUCCUCUCUUUGGAAUUGCAAGACUGCUAUUCAUUGGCUUAAUAGUUGGAACAGAUGUAGGAUUUGCUUUGUACAGAAGAUUUCUCUCUCCUUCAAUGGGAAUUCAGGUAAGUGCAUAUUUCCUGUUAAAAACUACCUUCACUCUCUUAGCUUGCUGGUUCAUUCUGCUGCCAAUUCUGAUAAAUAAAUCUGGCAUUCUCUUAUUUCUUUUCAAUGCAAACUUACACCAGGUACUUUUUCUUACCACAUUAUCUGAAUGUUGCAUUUUCUCCCUCUAUAUCUUGUAUAACAUUGACUUGUUCUCUCCUCUUUUCCCUUUUCAGCACAAACCUCAAGAUAAUUAAUUAAUUACAUUUUUAUGCUGCCCGUCUCCUCUAUAAGGUGACUCUGGGAGGUUUGCAGGUUGUAAAACAAAUAAAAUAUAUUACAAUAUUAAAAACAUGCAGAUUAAAAUUUUAAAGACUAUAUAAACACUCAAAUUAAGAAAUGGGCAGCAUAGGAAUGAGGUCUUCUUAUCUGGUCAACUAUCUCCACCCCCGUCAGGAUCCCAAACCAACUGGUAGUGUCAAGUUUUAAUACCCUUCCAGAACACCAAAAGGGUGGGAAUAGUUUUCAUCUCCAGUGGUAGAGUGUUCCACAGGGACGGAGCCACAGGGGAAAAAGUUCUUCUCCUUGAACCUGCCUGCCGGAUUAGCAGAGAUCCCUAGCAGGCUUCUUCUGUGGUGCAAGUGGAACAGGCUAAGUUCCAUUGGGGAGAGAUAGCUCAAUAGGUACCGCGGAUCCAUGCCAUACAGAGAUUUAAAGGUAACAAUCAACACCUUGAAUUGGGUCUGUAAGCACACUCACAAUCAAUGCAGCUUGCCCAGUAAUGGUAUUAGGAUUAGAACUAAUCAGGUCCAUGCUAGCAACUCUGUACUAGAAAUUCUUACUAUGACUGACUUCUGGCAUUCUCUCUGUAUGAACAGAAUCAGUAGAAGAAAGUAGAUCAACUUAUUCAGAGCUGCAGUUUGGAGAUAUGUUUUUAAGAGGAAAGCAAUUAUUUCACAGAGGCCCUGAAUCAAGCGUUCUCCUCAGAAUUAGGUACACUUUCUGAAUAGGGUGAGAGCGAGAGUGCGAGGUGGACUUCUUUGAGUACAAUUGCUCUCUAGGGUUUAUUUUGGAAACCUUCUCCUUAUCUUCUAAUUUCCUUCUUGUGGCAUCUCCACUCUUUAUCCCUAUUUGAUUAAGGGAGAGUCUGCUACUUGGGAGCUGUUCUUGCAAAUCCCUUUGCAGCUGUUCUUGUCCAUGCUUUGUAAUGCUGGAAGCACCAAAAUCCUGCAUAUUUGCCAAUAUUUCUGUUUUGAUUUUCACUAAUGCUGCAACAAUCUUCGUGUUGUCCUUUGGUUGUUUGCAUCAAAGGUUGACACUCCAAGCAGAAAUACAGCCAUUAAAUAUAUAUAUGUGUGUGUUUUUUCCCCUUAAGGUUUCCUUUGUGGCCCACAUUGCAGGCGGCCUUGCUGGAAUGUCAGUAGGUUAUGUCAUAUUCAGCAAUUUUGAUAAAAAUUUCAUUAAAGAUCCUAGAUUCU